AUGCCAACUCUCCAUUUUCUUCUCCUCCUCCUCCUCCUCCUCCAUCCAUCGACCUCCAUCCGACGCUCUUCUGCAGCCGAAGAGCGCGUGACGAGAACUACUUAUAGGCUUUCGAAACCCUCAAUUGGUGAUGACGGGAGGGUAUUUACUUGUUCGGAGAAAAACCUGUUCGCGUUCGAAAGCAACGGCACAAUCGCCUGGUCGAUACAUUUGAAUUUCACAUGUGACGCUACAGUGGCUCCAGCUCUUGGGGAGAGAGGAAGGAUGUACCUGGUUGCGGAGGACAGAGUACUGAGAAUUGAUUUUUCAGCUGUUAAAGAUUCCGGCGCUGCAGUGGAGGUGCUUUUCGGUCCAGCACCAGGCCAAGUGGCCGCCAAAAUAAUCGGGAUCUCAGUGAGCACGUUGAGUUCACGCGUGUACAUAAAUUUGCUACAUCGAGGGCUCUUCGCAUACACGACGAGCGGUGAACUGCUGUGGAGUGUUGGGCCUGUGCUUGAUCAGUUCGGCUACCGACUAGGUUGCAGGAGAAAUCCUACCAACUGUUCCUUCACUUCUGUCCCCGUUAUCGACCACUGCGAGGCUAACAUCCACAUAGCAAAUUCGGAAGGGGAAAUAUACUCUCUGUCAACUCGCACUCCUCAUUUUAAGUGGAUUCAGGAUUUGAGUUCACUUGACAAAGUCUUUACCAUCACUGCUGGGAACAACGGCCAGCUUUAUGUCACUGUGCCAGUCAGGGCGCUUGUGCUGGCACUCGAUGUUUCCACAGGAAAUGUCCUUUGGCAGAGAACCGUCGGGCCACUAAGCUUAUCCAAUCGUGGACUGGUCGUUGAUUUAAAUGGUUGGAUUUCUAUCGGCUCUCUGGAUGGGUGUGUAUACUCAAUUUCACCAACUGGGGAUCUCAGGAAAUUCCCAAGAGCAGCCAAAUUAGACUUGGUCAUCCAACUCAGUCCCGUCCUUGACUGCUCUGGUUAUGCGAUUUACGUCUCUCAGACACAGCUGGAGGGAAAGACCGACCACGUAGUUGGUGAAUAUACCAUCAUCUCAGCAAUGAGACCUAAAAGCGCGAUCUUUUCCUUGUUGGUUCCUGCAACAGGAUCCAUGUAUUGGUCACAAAAAUAUUCAGAUCAGUUCACCUCCUCACUUGCUGGAAGCGAUCUCAAUCAUUUUCUUUUGGAUGAGGAGAUUCUUCUUGCUUUUGUAGCUGCUUCAAAAACUGGCAAUCCUCUGGCCUGCCAAGGGCAGAAACUUGCGUCGAGCUGCUUCAGAGCUUGGUCAAAGCGUCACAGCGUCAAUAAAGGUGAUGACAGGAGGAUACUCUUGUUCCUUUUCUUCGAAUCUGCCGUUUUGCUUGUCCUAGCCAGUCUCGUCAGGUUCUGCUGUGUGUUUUGGAGGAAGAAAAAGCUUCAGGGCGGAGAUCUUGGGAGUUUCCUGAAGAAGAGGCGUACUCUCCAACUCAAGAAGAGAGCCUUCAAUAGGACAGUCUCGGAGCUCAAGCAGAAAGCAGACAAGGAAACACUGUCCAGUGAACUGCUUGAAGAACUUGGCAAUCUAGAAAGAAAAAAAGAUAGCAUUGAGAGGAAGCUGUCGACAACCUACAGUUUAGGCAGGGACCGCGCAGCACGUUCAAGCUUGAAAUCGCUCCUUCCCUCGCACAAAGCCAAGGGAAGGAGCUAUUCCUUUCAAGAUGCAAAGAAAGAGAGUGUCACAAUACUCUCCACCCUGAGUGACACCUCCUCAGCACCGUCAUCUUCUUCUUCUUCUUCUACAGGAAGCAGCGGUGCAAGAGAAGCCGAGGCCGGGAGUUCUAGGGAUGAUCAGGUUUCGGAUGCCAAGGGGAAGGGGCCAAUUGAAGAAGAGAGCUCGAGCAGCAACGGUAGCUCUCGGGAGGGUUACUGGAGAAGCCCGUCUGAGCCGGAAACAAGUUCCAAAGAGUUCAUGGAUGUCUUGAAUGAAGAGAUUGAGGUGAAAGGAGAGUCAAGGAAUGGCAAAUUACUGAAGAGGAGGAGGACUCUGUCUUCAAAUAACUAA